AUGAGCGAGGGGGCUGCCGGCGCCGCGGCGCCCGGGGCGGCGGAGGCGGCGGCUGCGGCGGGGGGCCCGGGCGGGGAUGGGGCCGGGGGGCCGCCGCGGGAGCUGCGCUGCAGCGACUGCAUCGUCUGGAACCGGCAGCAGACGUGGUUGUGCGUGGUACCCCUCUUCAUCGGCUUCAUCGGUCUGGGGCUCAGCCUCAUGCUGCUCAAGUGGAUCGUGGUGGGCUCCGUCAAGGAGUACGUCCCCACCGAGCUGAUGGACGCCAAGGGCGUGGGGCAGGACCCCUUCUUCCUUUCCAAGCCCACCGCUCCCCCCCGCGGCGCGGAGACCACCGCCGCGGCCACGCCGCGGCCGCCCAGCCGUGUCAGCCCCCGCCUCACCACCAUGAGCCGGGCGCCCCCGCGGCCCCCCGGCACCCGCGGCCCGGCGCGGGGCGGCCCGCGGCCCACGGCCCCCCGGCACCCCGUGUCGCCGCACACGGCGCCGCCCGCCAGCGGCCCCCCCGGCACCCCCGGCCGCGGCGCCCGGCCACCGCCCGCCGCCCCCAGCACCCCGCCGCUGCCCGCCUGGCCCACUGCGGCACACGCUACCUCCUCCUACAAGAUCUACGUCCACGACUCGGCGCCGUCCUGGACCUUGUCUCCCUUCCAGGAGUCGACCACCACCACGCCGGAGGCCAGCACGACCCCCAAAACCCAUACCACAACGUAUUCCACUGAGCGAUCUGAGCACUUUAAGCCAUGCAAGGACAAGGAUCUUGCAUAUUGUCUCAAUGAAGGGGAAUGCUUUGUGAUUGAAACCUUAACAGGAUCACAUAAACACUGCCGGUGCAAAGAGGGCUACCAGGGAGUCCGCUGUGACCAAUUUUUGCCGAAAACCGACUCAAUCUUGUCAGAUCCAACAGACCAUUUAGGAAUUGAAUUCAUGGAGAGCGAGGACGUGUACCAGCGCCAGGUGCUGUCCAUUUCCUGUAUCGUCUUUGGCAUAGUCGUAGUGGGCAUGCUUUGUGCAGCGUUCUACUUCAAAACAAAGAAACAAACAAAGCAAAUUCAUGAACAGCUGAAAGAAACACAGAAUAGGAAAACCUACAGCCUAAAUGCUUCCAGCAUGAUGGCAAAGUCGGAGUGUAUGGCACAAAGCCAAGUCCAGCUGCAAAAUUAUUCAAAACCAGACAGGCAUCCGGGGCCUAUUCUGCACAAGGUUAUGGAGUCUAGUUUUUCAGGCCCUCAGUCUUUCCCAGAGGCCUUGUCUCCUGACAGAGGAACUCAGCCCAUCAAGCAACACAGAAGUCUCUCUUCAUGCUGCAGCCCAGGACAGAAAAGUGGGAUGCUACAUCGAAAUGCCUUUCGGAGGACUCCUCCCUUGCCUCGGGGUAGGUUCAAUGGAAUUACAGGACCAGCAUAUCAACAGCUAGAAGAGUCAAGGAUCACAGACCAGGACACAAUACCUUGUCACGGGUAUUCAUCCAGUGGUUUAAAAACUCCUCAGAAUACUUCAAUAAAUAUGCAACUGCCUUCAAGAGAGACAACCCCAUAUUUUAAUAACGUGGAUCAGAAGGACUUGGUCGGCUAUUCAUCUUCAAGGGCCAACUCCGUUCCCAUCAUCCCGUCUGUGGGCUUGGACGAAGCCUGCAUGCAAAUGCAAAAUGUUUCUGAAGUAACAGGCAUCAAAUGGUGCAAAAACUCCUAUUCCGCUGAACUUGUCAAUGUGAGUUCCCCUGUCAGUAAUUGUCUUAUAGCAGAACAACACGAAGUGAAAAUAUUGCUAGAAACUGUGCAGGAGCAGAUCCGGAUUCUGACGGACGCGAGGCGGUCGGAGGACUAUGAACUGGCGAGCGUAGACGCAGAGAGCAGCGCGAGUGAAAACACGGCCUUUCUGCCCAUGAGCCCCUUGGCCAAGUCGGAGCGAGAGGCGCAAUUUGUCUUAAAAAAUGAAACGCAAAGAGACUCAGUAUUGACCAAGUGACUUUGUGUGGGGGUUGUGGGAGGGGAAAUGAGAGAUCUGUGCAUUCGAUGCUUUGCUAAACAGGAAGGGAGGAAGUUAAAUACAAAUUAUUUAUAUGCAUUAAUUUAAGAGCAUCUACUUAGAAGAAACCAAAUAGUCAAUCGCCCUCAUAUCAUAGUGUUUUUUAACAAAAUAUUUUUUUAAGGGAAAAGUUCCAGGAGGGAUGAAGCGUGCAUCAGGUGCUUUCUAGGCAGGAUUACACAGUUUCAGUUACAGAGGAUUUUACCAUGGUCCCGUUCAACUGUCCAAAGUCUUAGGCUAUGCAUCUUCUUUUCAGUAAAGUCCAAGACCAUUCUUAGAUGCAUUUGUGGUUUCAGGGCAGUGCUGCAGCGAGCUACUGGCCAGGGAUUCAGACCCUGGGGACCAAGUCCCGUGAGCCCAGCACAGGUCCAAUCUCCUCUCCCCCUCUCCUCUUGAUUCCAGCUUCAUACCACAGAAACGGGCACACAGAUUCCUACUUCUGAGUUCUGGUACCUGCUGUGGAAUGAGGACAUCCCUACACUGAACAUAUUCUUAACUCUUGACCUUAAUUUGAUGUGUUGGUCAGCCAAGAAAGUCAAUGGAAUCAUUUAGGAGCUUUGGGUUUUGCCAAGCGUGGAGAGGGAUUGGGUUCUGUAGAGUUUCAGUGGUCAGAAGCCGGUGGCUGCUCCAUCUUCUGAGCUUUGCCUACCAGAGCUGCCUUGGUGGAGAGUUAGGAAGAACAAGGGAAAAUGCAGAAGUGUGUAUUACAACAGAUGUGGUUUUGUUUUCUGAUUUGGGGUUUUUUUGAGUGGCACCAUAAACUCCGUUGUUCGUUAGCACCCCUAAACAUUUCUAAACUUUUACACUUUGAAGGCAUUUGUAAGCUCUCAAGGAGCACUUCUUGGUGUCUGUGUAUAUUUUUUUUUUUAACUUACCUUUUAUUAUGGGUUGUUCAGAGAAGAGUCAGGGAGAUCCAGUAUGAUCAAAAUCUAGCUGAUAAGUGUUCACUAUGCCUAAUUUGUUCCUGCAUUCAGUUCUCCAGUUACUUUAAUUAAUUAUGGCUUAGGCUUGUGAACUUUAAAGUUUCAACCCUGCAGAUGAUUCAGUAUGGACAGACCUGCAGGCAUGCACAGAUCUGAGUCUAAUGGGGCUGUAUAAGAGCAGAUGGUUUCCACCAAGUCACUCCCUGCAGGGGAUCAAGGUCUUAGAGAAGAAGUGUCAUUACCUGGCUGCUGUAUCCCAGUCACAUUAUAGCACUUUUUCCAUUAGCUUUCUUUUUAGUCCCUCUUUCCCCCAGAAAUUGUAACAAAAUAUGCCAAUAGUGCAAUGAAUUGGGUUUGGUGACACAUAUUACUGGUUUUAUUGGUAUUAAAAUAUCUGCUUAUUCUUGGGGGGAAAAGUCAACUAUAAUAAAUAAUUGCGAAAUAGCCUUCCCUGGUUAAUGUCAGAAGACUGAUUAAAAAAAAACAGUAUAUACAGAAUGUACUUAAACAUUCCUUUGCAGCAAAUUAAUGGUUAAAUUUAUUAAUGUGCCCCAGACUUUCUAGUUCACAAGUCUCAAGACUUCCCAAAAUAGCACAAUCGAUCACGCUGUGCUGUUGUAUGUUGAGUCAGAAUAAAGCAAUAUUUUAACCUCUGUCAAGUAAAUUUGGAAAAUAAAUGCUGAAGGUGUAUGUCAUUUUUUUUGUUAAGGCAGUAAAAAAAAAAUUAACAGCAUUCAGCAAGUCGUAUUUUGGGUUCCUUUUGUGGUUUUGAUUUCAGGGUUUCUUUUAAAGAUAAAGUUGAUGAAAUUGUCUUGUUUACAGAACUUUCUAUGGCUGUAAUCUUUGCUGUGUGUUUUCAGUCGAAAUAUAUUUGAGGGCAAACUGUUGUUCUGUGCCCCAGGAUGGAGCCUGUCUUGUUUGGACUCCCUUCUGCAAAGACAGAGCUUUUGUUGUAUCAGUGAGGUGGAUCACCAUGAGGUUUGGUCUCACCCUGAUGUUUUUCUGCUGUAUGUUGUGGCUGGGCACAGUCUCACUGCGUGAGCUGACUGUGGUGGGUGUGGUCCCAAGCCCACACUAGAUAAAUCCUCUGAAAGACAGGGUGUAUUAGGUGGGGCUCAGCUUUGCAUCCCUACAAUCAUAUGACUUUUCUGUUAACAGCAUUUACAUCCCACCAUCUGAGGGCAUGAGCAAAGUGAGCUUGCUUCUGCCCAUAAGCCCGGUGAACAUACCUGUAAUAUAAAAGCUCUGGUUCAACAAUUUGUAAAGUACGAUCACUAUUAAUAAAUUUUUCACCAUUAAUUUCAUCGAGAUGGUCUCUCUGCUAAAAUGUGCAGAAUCCUGCCCAAAUUGAUGUUUCAGAAUUAAAUCUUUUCAAUCCAGACAUAAGACCUCCUCACCCCCAAAUUCUUCCAAACUUUGCAGUUUCACCUCUGGCAACAUAAUGGAAACACACAACAAGAUUUCAGUUGAAGAAAGAACCAUAUCAUAAGCAAUGCCUUUAUGGAGUGAAUGUGUUCACGCAGCACCCCCGAAAGACCCAGAAAGAGGGGACAAGCAAUGUAUUUAAGAGAAUGAAAUGUCUAACUGAAUGACAGAUGAAGAUCUGAAAUGGUGAGGAUAUCUUCGGUUCGUGUUAGAGAUGCGAUCUUGUACUCAGCAAAGGAUGUGUGACUGUUAUAUGUUAACUGUUCUAUUCAGUUUUCAGCAUGUUUGAAUAGAGAGACGUUAAUAUUAACCAUAUGACAGACUAGUGUAUUAUUUGUUAAGAGUAUUACUUCAGAUCUUAUUGAAACUGUCAUUGUUUGCAGAGGAAAACAAAAAGGUUUGAAAACGUCAAACUAGGUAGCCUUAAUGUCGUUUGUGUGGUUCUCUAACACAGCUGUUUUCCUCUGUGGACCUUCCUAUUUUACAGUGAAUGGGACAACAUUUUCUCCGAGGUCUGACAACUCAUUAUGUAAAGGAUCCAUAAGAAAGUUGUACUGAAACAGCUGAAGUGGUAGGCCAAAUAUUGCUUUACUUCUGGUCCCAUUGAACUCAGUGGAUUGGAAGGGCUGUGAAUCAGUGCAAAAUGCAGUUCAUUCCUAAAUUUACAUCUGUUCCCAGCCUUGGAAACAGUCUGUAAUCCGCCUAGAAGAGGCUCUGAAUUGAGUCAUUUACCUGUAACACAAUUAAAAAUUUUAUCUGGCCUAUGAAGUUCCAGGUGUAGCCUGGUGUGAAAAUUUGCACAUGUAGCAUGGCAUUCAAGCAAACUGGGCAUACUGCUGGCUAAAUAAAUUGAACUUUCUCUGAACUGAACAGAGAAAACCUGUCUCCCUUCAGCAUAAUCCUGUGGAAGAGAAUUAUGGGAGAUGUAUGUCCUGAUAUUUUUUUUCUUUUGUUUAGAAUUUUUUCAAAAACAAUCCAAAAUAACUCUAAAAAGAACCCCAGUAGAACAAUCCCAGCAGUUGAAAUGGGAAAUGUAGGUAAGUAUGGGCACAUUUCUUAGUUUUAAUCACUGAAAAACUCUUUGGUACCCCAUGACCUAAAGCUUAAAUGUUUUAAUUUUUGCAGGAUCAUGUUUAGAUCAACAAAUGCUUCCAUGAAAAAAGAGCUGUUCAGAAUGCUUUUGGUUUCUAGCCACCUAGCCAUGGUCUCGGCUGGCGUAGUCAAUGCAUAUGACAGGGCAUAUUAAUAGAGGAUCACAUCCCAAAUCUGUACUACUGCAAGUCCAGUGUAGUGUGACAAAGCUUAGUACUCUACCAUAUGAUGUAAGCACUACUGCACUGAUUUAUGGAGCUACCUGCAUUUUGCUUAUGAAAAUCACAGCAGUGUGUGAACACUCUCAGUGGAAUACGGUGCGAGGUCCAUUGGCUGAGUGAUUGGUGUGUCAAGUCUCUCUGUCACAGGAGCUGAGUGUCCCUGGCCAGGCUCUAACAGCAGUGAACUUACCUCCAUGUGGCUAAUUCCAAAGUCAGUCAUCAGAAUUCUGCAGCUCCAGGUUUAAAUUUUGAAAAAAGCAAUGAGUUGAUGGCAUGUGGUCAUGACCAGGCGUGUGCUCGGUAUGCUCCUGAAUUGAAAUGUUCAGUUAAUUCGCGUCUAGUUCUCUUGUAAGUAGGGAGAAAAUCUGGAUUCCUUUUCCAAUUCAUCCCCAGCUUCCCUUAGUCUAAUUUUGGACAUUACUUGAACAUUUCUUACUCUUACAAGAAAGUCUGAAAAUGAAAACCAAAGAAGAACUCUUUCAGAGUUCUAGCUGCAGUAAGUAAAAUUGAAGCUUGAAGGAGCAGACCUGGAAUAAAAACUGGUUUUGAAAGUGGUAUUAAUAUCAAUUGCCUUUCACUAAAAUGGAAUUUCCCUGUAAACCGUUUACCACUUGGGAAAAGAUAGGCAGAAUGAGCUUAUAUUUAUUAUGUUGCCAUGAAUUUAAAAUGCUCAUCUCCCAACCGAUUGGAGAAAAGCAAAUAUUUAGGAUAGAUUUUUCAGCUUUUGUGAUUUUUUUUUUUUAUUAUUUUAUUUCAGUAGCCCUGCAGGUCAAUGAUCCAUUAUCUGUAUUGUCUGUCCUCUUUUGUGGUCCAAAUGCUGGACUGUUAGAUUUCCUUAAAGAGAACAAGAUUUUAUCUAAAUUUUAUUUUUAAAUUAUUCAUAGAAUAAUAUAUUUCUUUAUC